CCUUGGUGGCAGCAGCUGAAGUGGCGGCUUCUGCGGCGGCUGCAACUGCUCCCGGCUCGGGGCUUUGGCUGCGGCGCCGGCGAGCUGGGCUGCGCGGUGCGGACCCCGGCGCGCGGUCAGGGUUGCUCGGGCGGCGCGUAAGAUGCUUCUGAUGGAGUUUCUGAGAAGCACCUCUGGGCCAGUGGCUUUGAACCGGAGCUCAGAGCAGAGACUAUUUAAAGCUCUGGACAUCGCAUCCUGAGGGCUGCAGGAGAGGAGAAGAUGGCUGUGAGUUUAGAUGACGACGUUCCCCUCAUCCUGACCUUGGACGAGGGUGGCGGUGCCCCACUAGCUCCCUCCAACGGCCUGGGCCAAGAGGAGCUGCCUAGCAGAAAUGGAGGCAGCUAUGCCGUCCACGACUCCCAGGCCCCCAGCCUAGGCUCAGGGGGUCAGAGUCCCCCAUCGAGCCCCGCCGGACACAACUGGGAGAUCAAUUAUCAAGAGGCCGCAAUCUACCUCCAGGGGGGCACCUGCCAGUCAUUCUCACAGCCCUCCAAGGUGGUCUCAUCAUCUCCCAUUUGCAGACAAGCAGACAGCACUCAGAGGGGCUCAAGGAGGCCAAGGCCCCCCAGCAAUGAGGAAAUCAGACCAGGGUUCUCCUUGGGGUUUGGAUCAGAACCCAGCGAUGAAGGCGAGAAUAAUGACAAGUUCUUCACCCACCCCAAGAACGCCAAAGCGCUGGCGGCCUACCUCUUCGCACACAACCACCUCUUUUACCUGAUGGAGUUGUCCACGGCCCUGCUGCUGCUGCUGCUCUCCCUGUGUGAGGCCCCCGCUGUGCCUGCGCUCCGGCUCGGCAUUUACGUGCACGCGACCCUGGAGCUGUUCGCCCUGAUGGUGGUGGUAUUUGAACUCUGCAUGAAGUUGCGUUGGCUGGGCCUCCACACCUUCAUCCGACACAAACGGACCAUGGUCAAGACCUCCGUGUUGGUGGUGCAGUUCAUCGAGGCCAUCGUGGUGCUGGUGCGGCAGACGUCCCACGUGCGCGUGACCCGGGCCCUGCGCUGCAUUUUCCUCGUGGACUGUCGGUACUGCGGCGGCGUCCGCCGCAACCUGCGACAGAUCUUCCAGUCCCUGCCGCCCUUCAUGGACAUUCUCCUGCUGCUGCUCUUUUUCAUGGUCAUUUUCGCCAUCCUUGGUUUCUACUUGUUCUCCUCUAAUCCUUCGGACCCCUACUUCAGCACCCUGGAGAACAGCAUCGUCAGUCUCUUUGUCCUCCUGACCACAGCCAAUUUCCCAGAUGUGAUGAUGCCCUCCUACUCCCGGAACCCCUGGUCCUGUGUCUUCUUCAUCGUCUACCUCUCCAUCGAGCUGUACUUCAUCAUGAACCUGCUUCUGGCCGUGGUGUUCGACACCUUCAAUGACAUUGAGAAACGCAAGUUCAAGUCUUUGCUGCUGCAUAAGCGAACUGCCAUCCAGCAUGCCUACCGCCUGCUCAUCAGCCAACGGAGGCCCGCCGGCGUCUCCUACAGGCAGUUUGAGGGCCUGAUGCGCUUCUACAGGCCCCGGAUGAGCGCCAGGGAGCGCUAUCUGACUUUCAAGGCCCUGAAUCAGAGCAACUCCCCUCUGCUCAGCCUGAAGGACUUUUAUGACAUCUACGAAGUCGCCGCCUUGAAGUGGAAGGCCAAGAGAAACAGAGAACACUGGUUUGAUGAACUUCCCAGGACGGCAUUCCUCAUAUUCAAAGGAAUUAAUAUGCUUGUGAAGUCCAAGGCCUUCCAGUAUUUCAUGUAUUUGGUGGUGGCCGUCAACGGGGUCUGGAUCCUUGUGGAGACCUUCAUGCUGAAAGGCGGGAACUUCUUCUCGAAGCACGUGCCCUGGAGUUACGCCGUCUUCCUCACCAUCUACGGGGUCGAGCUGUUCCUGAAGGUGGCGGGCCUUGGCCCCGUGGAGUACCUGUCCUCCGGGUGGGAUCUGUUCGACUUCUCUGUCACCGUGUUUGCCUUCCUGGGACUGCUGGCUCUGGCCUUCAACAUGGAGCCCUUUUAUUUCAUAGUGGUCCUGCGUCCCCUCCAGCUGCUAAGGUUGUUUAAACUGAAAAAGCGCUACCGCAACGUGCUGGACACCAUGUUUGAGCUGCUGCCCCGGAUGGCCAGCCUGGGCCUCACCCUGCUCACCUUCUACUACUCCUUCGCCAUCGUGGGCAUGGAAUUCUUCUGUGGGAUCCUCUACCCCAACUGCUGCAACUCCAGCACAGUGGCCGACGCCUACCGCUGGCUCAAUCACACCGUGGGCAACAGGACUGUUGUGGAAGAAGGCUACUAUUAUCUUAACAACUUUGACAACAUCCUGAACAGCUUCGUGACCUUGUUCGAGCUCACAGUUGUCAACAACUGGUACAUCAUCAUGGAAGGUGUUACCUCUCAGACCUCCCACUGGAGCCGCCUGUACUUCAUGACCUUCUACAUCGUGACCAUGGUGGUGAUGACGAUCAUCGUCGCCUUCAUCCUUGAGGCCUUCGUCUUCCGGAUGAACUACAGCCGCAAGAACCAGGACUCGGAAGUCGACGGCGGCAUCACCCUGGAGAAGGAGAUCUCCAAGGAGGAGCUGGUGGCCGUCCUGGAGCUCUACAGGCAGGUGCGGGGUGCCAGCUCGGACGUCAGUCGGCUGCUGACAGUCCUCUCUCAGAUGGAGAAACACGAGCAAAACUCCGUGGUGUUUCUGGGACGGAGAUCAAGGACCAAAAGUGACCUGAGCCUGAAGAUGUACCAAGAGGAGAUCCAGGAGUGGUUCGAGGAACACGCCCGCCAGCAAGAGGAGCAGCGGCGACAGCUCUGCGGCGGCGGCCAGGCCGCCCCCAGCCCGCAGCCCCCCGGCAGCCGCCAGCGCUCCCAGACCGUCACCUAGCCCCGGUGUGCGGAGGCCGUCUCUUCUAUGCAAUAACACAUAGUAUUAUUUUACUACGAUGUAUUGAAGAAAAAAAGGCGUGUGCGUGUGUGUACACACACACCCACACCCACA